GUUCCCGUCAUUCAAAAUAUGUCAGCUGUUUAAUUAGACAAUGCUUAUACCUUCUUGCUGGGUAACAUAGCUCACAGUCGUUCUCGACAGGAAUCACAGGAUAUGUAGAUUAUAAGAGCAUCCAGCGAACGCAUUGUUUCACGAAACCGACGUCAUAACAAGUUCACGGACAUCCUACUGAAACGUGUGUUAAAUUUGCUACGCUCGCUUUUAAUGGGCGAACUAUAGACAACUUCACUAGUUUAACGCUGCCCUGAUUAUUCCAAAGGUCGAGACAGUCAGAGCAUGUUUGUUCAAUAAUACAGAGGAUACUCGACGUAAGCACUCUUCUGCUGAUCCUAGAGAGCGAGAACAACAAUUAGCAAAAAUGCAUCGUCUGGCAAUAUUAAUCACCGUUGUCGUCUGCGUUUACGGCCAAGGUCCAACAGCACGCUACAGCACGAAGACCGGCUACGAAACAAGCUUCGAACCUGGGACCGACGAAAAGAACCAGCGGUUGAGGGACUGGCAGACCAUAGCCAGCGAUGUCGGGGAGAGCGCCUCGGUAACGGGCUGCAAGCCCGUGGGAGUGUACGCCGUCAACCGCCACGGGAUGCGGUACGCGAGUGAUAGCGACAUCGAGGAUUACAAUGCCAUCUUGGCGAGGAUGAAAAUGACCGGCGUCAGCGAGGAGUUCGCCUACCUGCUCAACAUCACCGACAACCUCUACCCGAUAGCGCUCGAAAGUUCGCUCCACCCUGCCGGCUUCGCUGAAAUGGAAGGGUUGGGUAUGAGGAUCAAGCAACGUCUGCCGGAACUCUUCGUCAAAGAUGGCCUCGACGGGUUCGACUUCCAGGGCACGUAUAGACAACGGACCGUCGACAGCGCACAAGGUUUCAUCAACGGUCUCCAAGGUCCGACAGCUAAUUGUUCCUUCUCUAGCAAAACACCUACAAGGGACACGUUGACGUGUACAUUCAAUUCGACGGCGAAUUCGACGGCGAACACUGAAACCGUAGCGGUUGACCACGAGCUUGAAGGGAAAGACCUCCUGCUGAAGUUCUACGAGAGCUGCACGAAGUUCAUCACGGACGUCGACGACAACGAUGCGGCGCUCAUGGAGCGCGACAGGUUCGAAGAGGGACCUGAACUCACCUCGGCCUACAAAGCGGUGGCCACCAAACUCGCCCCAAUCGGAUGGACGGGACCAUGGAACAUGACCAAAAACGACCUUGAAGUGAUGCAUCACAUGUGCGGCUACGAGAGCGCGUACUACGGUUCUUCCCCCUGGUGUAACCUCUUCUUAAGAAACGAGUCCUUGGCCGUGGAAUAUUGGCUCGAUCUCAAGCAAUACUGGAAAGAAGGUUAUGGCUACGACAUCAAUUACCAAAUGGCGUGCCCACUCGUCGACGAUGUCGUCGAGUAUAUGACGACUGUGAAGAAAAAUGGCACCCGCAGAGGAAGUUUCAAGUUCGGCCAUUCGUCAACUCUCCAGCCGUUCCUGACAAUACUCGGUCUCUACAAGGACACUCCCAAACUACUCGCCAACAACUACGACGUCAGCGUCAACCGCGCCUUUCGCAGCGGCCGUAUCUCGCCCAUGACCGGUCACGUCAGCUUCAACGUCCUUCAGUGCCCCAGCGACCAGUACCGCGUGCUCGUCCUCCACAACGAACUCCCGAUCAAGCUCGGCACCUGCGGGGAAUUCUUCUGCCCGUACGACGACGUUGUUUCGCACCUCGAGAUGUCUUCGAAUGGUUGUCGGUUCGAUGCGCUCUGCGGGACGAACGGCCUCUACCCGGGCGUCAGUCGAGCCGACACUCUUUCGAAGAUGUCCAUUUUAACUCUGAUGGUUACUCUCCUCGUGUCUUUCUUUGUAUUGCAAUAAAACAAAAAUUAACAAGUUUGUAAUGAUUUUUUUGU